AAAUAAUAAUAUAAAAUAGAUAUGACAUUGUAAUAUAUUUAUAACGUUAUUAUCUACCAAAGAAUCGACGAAAAUGGAGAUUAUGGAAGAUGGCAAUUUAGUAGACCGCGUUAGAAUCUUAUUGCAACGGGACAUGCAAUAUUAUCAGGAAAUGCAAACUGUACUAAAGGAGCCCCUUUGCUCACGUAUUAGCGGUGGAAAACUUGAUUUUCCGAGACACGCGUCAUUUGUCGCGGUUAAAAUUGUUACGUGGUGGGAAGCAGAUUUUCAAGCUGCUUUUAAACGUCAUUCUGGUCUAACGAGUUUAAUGGAAAACAAAUCUUCCGCAAUCGUAGAAAACGAAGAGAGAGUUAUCAAAAAGAUCUCACCAUCCGAAUUUGUGUUACUUGUUGUCGAUACCGCCGAUAAAUUAUUAGAACAUUUACAUCUGCUUAUUCAAGAAUCAUUAGAUCAUGCAGAUUUAACGGUAUUAACAGCUACUUUAGGAGCAGCUGCAUUAAUACGAAAUUGUCUGUGGUGCUAUAAUAGACAAGCUAAGAAUUUAAUUUCCCCGCAAUCAAGCGAGAAAUUAAACACAUCGUAUAAAUGCUAUCAUGAAAUGACUGAAGCUGUAGCAGAGCGAUUAUUGGAUUUACAUUGCCGCUUAAUUUCGUUAUAUAUACUUAACGAAGCUGAUUCUCUCAGUUGGCACGAUACUACGUCAUUUUUUGAACGAGAACGAUGCUCUUUCGUAAUACAAAUGUGGUGGCUGUAUAUGCAAGGAACAAAGAGAGAUCUAUGGAGUACCGUAUCUCCAAAAAUGGCACAACGUGUUUUUUCUGGAAUGUUGAACGAGUCUUUGUCCAUUAUUGUUACAAGAUUUAUUUAUGGUCGACCGAGUUUGGCACGAUCCGAACAAUUCUGGGCGGAUGCCUUUAACGUUCUGUGUUGUACCGGAUAUCUUGCUUUGGGUGCCUGUACAAGCGCCAACGAAAUGAUUGGAAUGAAAUUAAAUAGAUUACCAACUGCCAUUAGGGACAUACACGCGAAAUGCAAUGAAUUGUUGAUUUGCUUGUUAUUAAGAGGAACCCCUCUUCGAGAAUUAUAUCAGGUAUUCCGUUUUGGACUUGAAAAUUUAACAAUUUUGCAACCGCGUCGCGAACCUGCUGCCUGGUUAUUGGUAUGCGCACCGAAUUUAUUAGGCUCCGUCGAUUCUGACAUUUACAUUUCAAAUUUGCCUAAAAAUCGAGUUGCAAUUUUAGAAUUAAACGUUCUUAGACAUCAACCCCAACCAAAUUGGCCUCAGUUAAUGAAGGUACUCUUUAUGAACGACUAUGCGGUGGCUAAAAUAUUAUUAAACACUUUAAUCUACAAAUGUGGUAAUUUUACGUCUAAAAAUGAUUUUGAUAUUUUCGAAGAAACACAAUCCAAUGGAAUGAAUUGCGGUGGUUUUUUAUGCAGUGGUAUAAUGUGCAAUGCAUCGAUGAAAGUAACGUCAGCGUUAGGCCUUUAUAGCUUAAUGUAUAUUUUAACGUAUAUAGCGCAAGACCCUGGUUGUGUUAUCGUGACAGCUUUAAAGCAGAUUCCUGAUUGGUCGAGCUAUCUGGACCGCCAACAGGUGUGGAAUCAAUCAAGACCGCCCUGGCUGAAUGCGAUUUUAAGCCCAUUAAAGAAUAUGAUGCAUCCAAUUAUCGAACUUCUUUUGGAAGCUGUAAGAACAGGCGCUUCUAUAUAUCAGGCAAUGUCGUUGAUAAUUGGUUGUUUCGCUGAAUUGUAUGUAACGUUACCACCUGCAAUCUUAAAAACUGUACUUGCAUUACAAGAUAAUAUCCCUGCCCAUUGUCAUCCAAUUGGUGGGAACGUCCUUCUCCACGUUCUCUGUGCAUCCCUCUAUACCGCCCUUAUCGAGUUUUCGAAAACUUGCGAAACAAAAAUACAAGGCGAUUCAACCUCUGAAGGAAUAGAUUACUUAGAAUUAAAUUUUUUCGACCCCAACGAUGUAUCAGCAACAGUAACCACCUUGGCCGAAGCUAUUUGUAGUAUCGACGAAGACGAUAAGCAUACUUCCCAAAUCGAUGAUUUCUUCCAGCUUGUAAAAAAAAAUGUACAAACGUCAAAUAUAGAUUCAUGCAUUAACGAAACGUACAACUUGUUUUCCGUUAUCGAGGUACAUACCGACGAGCUGUUGUUCACUAGUUCUGGACGACAGGCUUUAAAAGUAACGCACGAAUUUCUGAUUCGCGCGUCUGAUUUAAUAUUAAAUAAAUUACGACAAAAUGAUAUUACGAAACUUGUGGACGAUAUACCGGAUAUGUCACCUCUUUUUAAACCACUAACGCAUAUAAUGUUCCAUAUCGAAGACACAGCAUUUGAUCAGUUUCUUAUCCAAUAUGAGAAAACGAAUUGGAGAAAAAUGUUAACAAUGCCACUUUCUAUUACCAUAGACCAUGCACGAAGCCAACUUUUAUCACGACCAGAAUUUAAAAAUAUCGGCGAAUUGAUUCACGAAGACAGAGAAGCCGCGUGUUCGCUUAAGAAACUUUGUUCUUCCAUAAAAACGGCACACUUUAAGUAACGAUUAAAUAUCAUGAAAUCAUAUUAAACGUUUAAAUUAUAGCUCAAGAUAAACUAAACUUUUUUAACUAAUUCUAAGACUCAAACUUUGCUCUCUAUAAAAUUUUCUACAUCGCAAACUUAGGGCAUGAGCCAGAAAUGUUGAGAAAUUAUACGUAUAAAAAUGUAAUGCUUGAAAUCUCUAUGUGAGUGAAAUAACGUAAAAGUGCAACGAAUGUACUUAAAAUUUGCGAAAGGAAAAACACAUAUAGGACGAUAGAGCCGUUUAAUUAUAACGUUUCGGAAACAAUUUAUACCUUGCAACUAAUUGUAAGUGUCAAGUAAUUAUACGUAGUUAAUAAAUUUUCACUCCAAAGUUUACAAAAAACCCAAA